ACUCUAGUCAGCUGACACCGGGCGCCAUUUUGUCAGCCAUUUCCUACACUCAUCCAUUGCCAGCGUCUCUGUACGGCACGGGACACUCCAUCUGGCCUCAGCUUCAUCCGCCCGGGCUUUGGCAAACAGCGGCGGACCUUGCAUUCACGGUACCCGGGUGGAUGAGAAACGGUGUAGCGGGUCGGUCUUCACCCACCACCAGACCUUCUGCAAGGAACUCACCCCCGCUGGACAGUAGCGGUACGAGUCACGGAUAGACAUGGCUCUGAAGAUUGUCAAAGGGAGCAUCGAUCGGAUGUUCGAUAAAAAUCUCCAGGAUUUAGUACGUGGCAUCAGGAAUCACAAGGAUGAUGAGGCCAAGUACAUCUCCACAUGCAUUGAUGAGAUCAAGCAGGAGCUCAAGCAGGACAACAUCGCUGUCAAAGCCAAUGCUGUGUGCAAGCUCACCUACCUUCAGAUGCUGGGCUAUGAUGUCAGCUGGGCUGCUUUCAACAUUGUUGAAGUCAUGAGCUCCUCCAAGUUUACAUACAAAAGGAUUGGUUAUCUGGCUGCUUCACAGUGUUUCCAUGAGAGCACUGAUGUCAUCAUGUUGACUACCAAUCAAAUACGAAAGGAUCUCAGCAGCCCGAACCAGUACGACACAGGUGUUGCCCUCACUGGUCUCUCCUGUUUUGUGACCCCUGACCUUGCCCGGGACUUGGCCAAUGACAUUAUGACACUGAUGUCCCACACUAAACCUUACAUCAGAAAGAAAGCAGUUCUGAUCAUGUACAAGGUCUUUCUUAAGUACCCGGAAUCCCUGCGUCCAGCUUUUCCCAGGCUGAAGGAGAAACUAGAGGAUCCAGAUCCAGGUGUCCAGUCAGCAGCAGUGAAUGUCAUCUGUGAGCUGGCUCGCAGAAAUCCCAAGAACUACCUGUCCCUGGCCCCACUCUUCUUCAAACUCAUGACUUCUUCUACAAACAACUGGGUUCUUAUAAAGAUUAUCAAGCUGUUUGGUGCACUUACUCCGCUGGAGCCACGGUUAGGAAAGAAGCUGAUUGAACCUCUGACAAAUCUAAUCCACAGUACCUCUGCCAUGUCUCUGCUCUAUGAGUGUGUCAACACUGUGAUUGCAGUGUUGAUUUCAUUGUCCUCGGGGAUGCCCAACCACAGUGCUAGUAUCCAGCUCUGUGUGCAGAAGCUGCGAAUCCUGAUUGAAGACUCGGACCAGAACUUGAAGUACCUGGGCCUGCUGGCCAUGUCUAAGAUCCUGAAGACACAUCCCAAAUCAGUUCAGUCUCAUAAGGACCUCAUCCUCCAGUGUCUGGAUGACAAGGAUGAGUCCAUUCGUCUCCGGGCUCUCGACCUGCUCUAUGGAAUGGUAUCUAAAAAGAACUUGAUGGAGAUUGUGAAGAAACUGAUGCUUCAUGUGGACAAGGCUGAGGGAACCACCUACAGAGAUGAACUUCUCACCAAGAUCAUUGACAUAUGUAGCCAGAGCAACUAUCAAUACAUCACCAACUUUGAAUGGUACAUCAGUAUUUUGGUGGAGCUGACCCGGUUAGAGGGCACACGGCACGGUCACCUCAUCGCUUCUCAGAUGCUGGACGUUGCCAUCCGAGUUAAAGCUAUCCGGGUGUUUGCCGUAGCUCAAAUGGCCACUCUCCUGGACAACGCCCACCUGCUGACUGGGAACAUGCAGCGAAAUGGCAUCUGCGAAGUCUUGUAUGCUGCGGCCUGGAUCUGCGGCGAGUUCUCAGAGCACCUGGAGAACCCAAUGCAGACACUGGAGGCCAUGCUCAGGCCUAAAGUAGCCACACUACCAGGCCACAUUCAGGCAGUGUAUGUGCAGAAUGCUGCUAAACUGUUUGCUACAGUGUUGAAGAGCCAGGAGGGAAACACAGACGGCACUGUCACACAAGACACCAGCCAGCUGAUGAUCGAGAGGCUGCCGGUCUUUGUCCAGAGUGCCAACCUGGAGGUGCAAGAGAGGGCAUCGUGCAUCCUGCAGCUUGUCAAGUACAUUCAGAAACUGCAGCAGAAGGAUGUGGAAGUAGCAGAGGAAGUGAGUGCAUUAUUCGCUGGAGAACUCAAUCCUGUUGCUCCCAAGGCACAGAAAAAAGUGCCCGUUCCUGAAGGCCUGGACCUGGACACCUGGAUCAAUGAGCCUCCCUCUGAGAGCGAGUCUGAAGAUGAGCAGCCAAAGGCCAUUUUUACCAAGGAGGAGCCGAAACACUCACGGGCUCGACACACAGAGGUGGAUGAGAAGGAGCUGGCAAGGGUGAGAUGCUCGAAGACUGUGGCUGCCUUCACUGCUAUAAGAAGAGAAGCCAGAAAGCAAGAACAAGCCAACAACCCCUUCUACAUUAAGUCUUCACCAUCAUCUCAGAAGGUUUACCAGGAAACUCCUGGAGUAGAUCACAUCCCAGUCAUUCAGAUUGACCUCACUGUGCCUCUAAAAGUCCCAGGUCUGCCCAUGUCUGACCAGUAUGUCAAGCUGGAGGAGGAGCGUCGGCAGAAGGAGAGAGCAGAGAAGAAAAAGAAAGAUAAGAAGAAGAGGAAAGAGAAGCGCAGCGGACGAGGAAAGAAACAUGAUUCCGGCCCGGAGAGUGAAGAGGACAUCACUCCUGCGCACAUGGUCGACAUAGUUACUGAGGAGAUGCCAGAGAAUGCCUUACCCAGUGAUGAUGAUGAGAAAGAUCCCAAUGACCCCCACAAAGCACUGGACAUUGACCUGGACAAUUUGGAAAUGUCAGGGCACAGACCUCUUGCGGACAGUGAGAAAAUACCAGUUAGGUCUCAUCGUGCAGCAGAAGCUGCAAAGAGCCCUGUAGAGGACAGAGAUGCAGACGGCAUCGCCACACAGCUGCCAAAGAAGAAGCAUGGCAAAGAAAAGAGGGAGGAAAAAAAGAAGAAGGAUAAAGACAGGGAAAGGAAGAAAAGCAAAGAUGAAAAGAAGAAGAAGAAACACAAAAGUGAGGAAAAAGACGGAGAUCUCCUAGGGGCUGAGGUGGAUGAGCCUGUGGUCCAAUCAGAGGAACCCAGUCAAGCCUCAGAGCCACCCACAUCCAACAGUGCUGAGGUUUCGGAUCUGGAUUUCUGGCUCUCAAAUGCUCCAGUGCCCUCUAACAUCCAGGAAGUUCCAAAAGUAGCAGCCGCAGAAGCAGCCUCAGCAGCUGAGGUGAUCUCAGGAGGAGCACAGGACUCGGAGCCUGACGAACCCAAAGACGCCGAAAUGGAAGCCACUAAGCCUUCCAAACACAAGAAAAAGAAGCAGAAGAAGGAGAAGGAAGAUAAGGAGAAGAAAAAGAAGAAGCAUCAUCACUACCAUCACCACAGUGAUGGAGUUGGAGAAGAGUCGGUGCAGAACGGCACGGUGGAGGAGGAGGAGGAGCCUCUUCCGUCCAUGUCCAAUUACUGCCUGUUGGCUGAGAACUCCUACAUUAAAAUGAUGAUGGAAGAUGCUGAUCAGGUUUAUGACAUCCAGGGGAACCUGCAGGACGGCAGUCAGGUCGUGGUGUCGGUCAUAUUUGAAAACAAGUGUGAUAGUUUCCUCAAAUCCAUGGAGUUCAAUGUCUUGGACUCUCUUAACUCCAAACUUCAGAGGCCAGAAGGUUCAGGUCCACACGACAGCCUCGCCGUUCCCUUCCAGCUCCCACCUGGUGUGUCCAACGAGGCAAGAUAUGUCUUCACCGUUCAGAGCAUUGUGAUGCCACAGAAACUUAAGGGAACAUUAACCUUUAUUGUAAAGACUGAAGAAUCUUCCACUCAUGAGAAACUGGACUUCAAACUGCACUUUACCUGCACCUCCUACUUAAUCACUACUCCCUGCUACAGUGAUGCAUUUGCAAAGCUGUUGGAGUCGGCUGACCUGAAGAGCAGCUCUGUCCGACUGGAGGGGGUAAACAUGCCCUUCCAUCACCUUCUAGCCAGGAUCUGCUUCCAUCACCAUUUCUCAGUCGUGGAGAGGAUCGACUCCUGUGCCUCCAUGUACAGCAGGUCUAUCCAGGGUCACCAUGUCUGUCUACUCGUCAAAACUUCUGGUCAGACAGUUUCCAUUGACGCUAAAUGUGAUGAGCCGAUGCUGCUUGGGAAUGUGUUGGAUGAAAUCAAGCAGACCUUCUCUCAGUGCUGAUUGUGUCUGACAGCCCCAGGUUUACCCCUAACCUGGUCAUAUAAGCCCACACUCCCUACCUGGCAACUCUACACAAUAUAAUCAUGUUACAGAAAUACUGCAGUUGGCACUUCCAUUGCUGUGUCAUUAGUCCUGAUAUUUGCAACAUUUUUCUGACCUUUUACCUUCCCCUAUUUUACUUCAUGUCUAUUGUUUCCUGUGUACCCUGAGCUCAAUGGUUUCUCACACGUUUCAUCUUCUCUGUGAUGCACUUUUAUUUUACACCCUCCUCCCCCCAUUUUCUGACAGCCACCUUUUCCAUCCUGACUCUAAACCUGUUUCUGGAUGACCUGUUCCUUCCUGCUUACUUUUUCCCCACUUCCAUUCUGUCGGCACCCAAGUCGAAGACAGUGUAAUGUAAUUUAAUGUUGAAAACUGGACUUUUGCUGUUGAUGGUUGAAUUGUUUUUACUGUUUUGAAGUUUUUCUUUUGUUGUUUGUUUGCUUUUGUCCUUUUUGUGUAAAAGCCUUCCUGCGCCUUUGUCACAGCCUGUUCUUUCUGCUCACCAAACAUCUGUGCAGGACUAGAAUACGUCAGGUUUCUCUGAUGGGUCCAAGCUGAUAACAUUGGGAAUUUUGAUCUUCUCUGCUCUCAACUUGUCUUCAUCUUCUGACAAAUUGCGUAGAGAAAACCAGACACCAAGGGACUGCAUUGGGAAGUGAGAGUAGCAAUGAAUCCAAAGCUACAUGUAAGGCAUAAGUCCUAAGCUAUAAUCAGAGCUCCUGCCCAUUGGCAACGCUCAGCACCAACGAGCUAGUGCCAUGCGUCAGAAUCAUUGAUAACUAGAGGAGGAUUCGAACAGCAGGUCAUUGGUUUUGCUCUGUGCCUUAGUCAUGCACUCUCACCUCCUCCAACACUUCAAGGCUAAUACAAGGAGUCUUAUUACCCCUAACAAAACAUCGAUGAAUUUAAAACUGGCAACAGAUGAGUGUAGUAUAAUUUGUGAGAUUUCGGUUUUAGCACAAGACAGUUUACUGUCAGGAUGAUGUCACCUCAGUCUGUCUCCGCUUUCCAUUAAAUCUGGAGUUGUUGGUUGUAUAAAAGAUGUUAUAACUGUACAGAAACAUUCUCAUAUAUACAAUGCCGCUAUAGUGUUUGACUGCCGACAUUUGUGUCACCAGUUGGUGGAAUAAACAGUGAAACAAAGUGGUAAGAAGCAGGAAUCAGGUUAUGUUCCAAUUUAUGUUCAAGUCCCGUAACGAGGAAUUAAAUAAUGGCAUAUUUACACUGUCAUUUUUAUAACCUCCUCCAUGGAGUUGUUGCAGUUGGUCCCUCUUGUAAACACAGACUGUGAAACAUUCAAUGAUUUCAGCUUCUCCUGAGUUAGUAUUAAGCAUCGUGGCUUCUAUGCUGUAAACAGAACAGAGUUUUAGUCCAGACGUCCAGAUGUCUUGCAUACAAAUCCAGUUUCUUUUCAGCAACUGUCUUUUCACUUUUUGUGUGUUGAUGUGUUAUUUUUAACCAGAAAGACCGUUUAUAAGAAAAGGCCUCUUAGACCGCCCUCGGAGGGAUUCAACGUUUAAAUCAAUUAUCUCACUACUUGCUCCAGUACCACGUUCUGACCUAAAGUCUCUGUUUAUACAUUAUAAAAAAACAAGGCCCCUCCAUGUUCAUCUGUUGAUAUUCAAACUAUGGAAGUGUUUGCUAGAUCGGCUCGCAACAGAUGUCGUAAGCAGUAUGCCAGAAAUGACAGUCCAAAAUGUAUUUGUAUGUCGUUUCUAUUACUAACAAUGAAUGAAAUCAGGAAGAAGAAACACUUAACAAUCACACAUGGUCAAAUAUUGUUCCUGUGCAUAUUUGAAUAAAUUUGUAAAUCGCAUGGUUAGAAAUGUACACUUUAUUUUCUCUCUUUUUUUUCACGAACAUUCCAUCUUGUAUUUUCUUUUUUUUAAAUACCUAUACAUUUUAAAGUGAUAUUAUUGAAUGUUUUAAAUUAUUAAACACGGGGGAAAGAAAAGGGGGUUCUAUCGGCUGUCAUGACACACAGGGCUUGGGGCACAGUAUAUAAUAGAUAGAAUUGGUCAAGUGAAGCAGUGUACUGAAAGACUCAGCCCACUGUCUAAAUCUGCUUUUCUUCAGUUGUAGUGACUUAUUUUACCAAGUUUGGCUUGUGAGGUUGAAGUAUACUCCAAUAUGACCCAGAUAUAUAUAUUUUUGAAGGUCCUGUCUGUUGAUUUCUCCAUUCUUGAUUCUGCAACUGUAUAAAGUAAUGUUUUUAAGAGGGCAACAUGAGUUAUCUACAUUCCCUUUAAAGAAUUCCACCCAAAAUUAAAAAAAUAAAAGGCUGUAAGAUGAUGCUGUAGUCUUUUUGUGUUACAGUGAAUCAAUAAACAUUCACAAAAGA